AUGCUAAUACAUGCUGAUUUGAGACCAUGUACAGACCAAGACGAAUUACGUUUUAGAAGGAGGGCUUUACGUGAUGCAGUCAUAUGUAUAGGAUGGCUUAAAUUAAUAUCCAUUAUAUGCUACAUAAUUUUGUACUUUCUAGUACAUGCUAAUAGUAAAGGACAUAUGUCUCGAGUUAUUCAAAUCAUGGUUUUGGCUCUCGUACCUUUCAUAAUUUUGAAUGGGGUGCUGCUUUUUUUUGGAGCAUUAGAAGAGAAAUUGUGUGCUCUAGAAGUCGGUCUUUGGUUGUGCCUUAUAAUAGCAGCGUAUAAUACAGCAUUAGGAGCACUCGGAGGUAUAUUCUUUAUACGGACAGGAUAUUUGACUGUGCAUUUCUUUCUUGCUGUUAUAUUUGGAAUUUUAGCGGUAUCACUGUACAGUAAGUAUUCUGAAAGAACUUUAUCGUAUUGA